UCGGGAGCGACCUUAGUGUGAGGGACGAUAUGUCAUUUCUUCUAUAUUCACAGCCACGAAUUGUGAUGUGCUUCGCUGACUGAGGGAAGCUCCUUAAAGAGAGUGAUUCAAGCGUCGCUAGACACUGCCCUCGCCCACCAUCAAAUUCCAAUUGCACGCUUGGAGAAGCUGUGGUUUAGCCAGACAUGAGUGGCUCCGCAACGCCAACCUCAGACACCAUCUCUCCACGUUCGCAACGUUUUCGAGACUCUGUUCACAACAUCCCGACACCCGGUACAGAAGUGCACCGGCCCAAGCGCUAUGAGCCUAUCGUUUUGAACAUCUACAUCGUUGGAAGCAUUGCUCUACUCAUGAUAUGUCUGGGUAUUGCACUUGAAAUAGCUCUGCACAUAUCAGAUAGAAGCAAUGGCUUCUCAGUACCUGAGAAGAACAUCAUCACCUUCGUAUCAACUCAAUUCCUGACGUCAUUUGUUCCGACCUUGCUGGUAGUCCCACUCGCGUAUUUCUGGGCUGUAGCAGACUGGAUGCUCAGAUGGUACCAGCCAUAUGUCACGCUAUCCGAGGGCAAAGCACCUGCAGCACGCAGUAUUCUACUAGACUAUCACCGGCACUGGUUAAUCAAUAUAUCAACACUCACUGCCUUUUCCGUCAUCUUCAUGCAGCCGCUAGCCGGAUCCCUAUUUCAAGUACAACAAGUAUCCUACACAACAGCUGCCACUGCAACAAGCGUUCGCAGCAUCGGGCUUUCGCCUACUAUCAAUCAACUUACUUCAUUUCUCGCUGCUGCAGGGGUCAAACUUCUAGUGUACAGUAACCUUCAAGAUCCACCAUUCGUUCAUGGUGCAUGGUCUGCUGCUCCAUUCACGUAUUACAAUCAUUCAAACAUGUGUGCUCUACAGGCCCCUGCAGGCUCCAUUUUGAAUGGAACCCUAGCCGUAAACACUACUGCCGUUCAAACGCACGUCAACUGCAUAAAACCAACUUCCUUCACGACUACCAAUCUCACCAGCUCAGAUUUUGUAUUAUCGGCUACCUUUUCGCCUACUUGUAACGCCAGUCUCAGUCUUAACCCUAACGAUGGUCCCGACCAGUUCUCUGUGACAGCUGCGUCGACGUGCGCACCCUCGUAUCAGGAUCUAAAUUUUCAACCUGUCUUUUUUUGGUAUUAUCAUUUAUCUGAUAACGGAGACGCACUAGGGACCGCUGUUUUCUGCCAACCGAGCAUCGCCAUUUUUGUAGUCACAACUUCGAUGGAUCUCAAUGAUGGAUCCAUGGGAAACUGUACAAUUGUAGAGCCCUUUGAGUAUACCAACAACGUUACAGGUAGCCCUUUGAACGGCGAAGCAUUCAAUGGGGUCAUGUUUGAUGCGAGCAACAACUCGUACAUUAUCGCCAGGACUCUCGCCAUCAACUCAGGUGUUCCAGGAGCUAUAUAUCACUUCGCUUCGCAACAACCGGACGGUCCACAGUCCGUAUUCGAUGAUCCUUAUGGGUUCGUCAAUGCCACAGAGAAGAUCUAUACACAAUAUCUUUCCAUUGCCGCGCAAACCAUAUAUUUCCUGCCAGACAAUACGACAAUCUCUGCCCAGCUGACAUCAGAUAUCCAAGGUUGUUCGACUCUACCAGCACAGCUACUUUCCAUGUUAUUCAUUUGCAUUGGAAUUACAUCCCUUAUCGUUCACGUCUUGCACAAGCGCUCUCGCAGAAAUCUUUGGUUGACUAGUCCACCUGGCUCGAUCGCAGCCAUCGUAUCCCUCACAUCGCGUUCUGGCUUCGGCGAUCUCCUUCUGCCUUAUGAUGACGUAUCACGCAUGAAAAGCAACCUCGCCGGUCUCACCUUUCGUCUUGAUAAACGAACAGGCGCCAUAGUCGCAGAAGAGGACUUCGGCGUCGUUAAUACCUCUGACAAUACAGCGCUGUUGGGCAGUAAAGGGGAGUAUAACGUGAUGGUGGGGGUGGAUAACCUCUCCCCGCUGUCGCGCACAUCCUUCAAGGACAAGCUUGAACCUGAAAGUCCUUGAUGGAAGCCUUUGCUUUGCAUGCUCUCCUGCCUCCUAUGUGGGCUGGUUUUGAUACGCGUUGUACGCCAUUUAUUUGCCAUUUACAGUUAUGUUUGCCUGGACUAUCCUUUGUUUAAUUUGACCAACACCCCUUUCUCCACCUUGUUAAAAACAUGUACAUAGUUCGGCAUCAUAACGGUACUGUAUCCUCGAUCGUGAGUGUGAUCUGGUCACAGACCAAAAUAUUAAUGGAUUCUCAUGCCUCGAAAACUA